AUAUUGUCCUAGUUGAGAGCCCAGGUUUCGGUGAAUCUGCCAUCAUGGAUGACACAGUAAAAGCAUACCUCCCAGAGGCUUCCGCUUUUAUCUUUGUCAUCAACAGUGCAAACGCCGGUGGAUUACAGAAAGACAGGGUGGAAAAACUCAUUAAGCACGCUAGACAGGUGUCCCUUGACAAACAAAGGGAAUCUUCUUCCAAUUGUGCUCUGUUCGUUUGCAACAAGUGGGACUGCAUACCUUCAAAAAUGAUUGAUGAAGUGAAGAACCACACCGUGAGGAAACUGGCGCAGUGCUGGCCUAGUUUAGAUCCAGAAUCUCAGAUUAUUCAUAUGUCAGCAAAACAUGCUAGUGAAGCCCAGAAGUUUGGAGUGAUCACGGAAGAGUUUGGUGAACUCAUGAAUGGUAUCAAGUCCAUGGUGUUGAAAAGUGUUGAGCGAAGACUACAAAUUCAGUGGAGGUGGCUUGACUACUUCCUUACACGUAUCGCCUACUGCACGAAAGCGUUCAUGCGUAAUUCUUUCGAAGAUUGCGAAAACGUGACAGAGAGAAUGAAGUUGAUCACUGACUUCCUUCAUAAUAUUGAAAGGUUGCGAGAUGCCGUAAGCAAGGAGAUACAGAUGUUCUUUACAAACAAGACAGACAAUGUUGCCUUUUCAGUGUUGACAGAAGCAAAGAAAGAAGACGAUAACAAACGAGCGACCUUACUUAAUUUCUACGAACGCACAGAUGUUGGUUUGAACACGUUGGAGGGAAAAGCUCUCGCCCUCUUGGACAAGACAAUUGGAAACUUCAAGGAGAAAAUCGUAACUCACAAACAAAAUCUAAAGAAAGAAGAAUUCACUGUAUUCGUUGUAG